AUGGCGUCGGUUCUGGUGAACAUGGCCAUCGACAGAUAUAUAAACCUUGUGGACUCCAUAAGCGACCCCCGAGUGAACGACUGGCCAUUGAUGGACAGCCCGUUCCCAACACUUAUCAUGGUCAUCACAUACUUAUAUAUCGUCACAUACCUGGGGCCUAAAGUAAUGGCCAACCGAAAACCCUUCAAACUGAACAAUAUACUAGUGUGGUACAAUGCUGGCCAAGUCAUCUUCAGUCUCGUCAUGCUGUGGGAGCACUUGAUGAGUGGAUGGUUGUUGGACUACAGCUACAAAUGUCAACCGGUCGACUAUUCACACAACCCUACUGCACUGAGGAUGGCUAACUUGUGUUGGUGGUACUACAUAUCCAAACUGACGGAGUUCGUCGACACGGCAUUUUUCGUAUUGAGGAAAAAGGACAACCAGAUCAGCUUACUCCAUCUGUACCACCAUUCGCUCACACCCAUCGAGACGUGGAUUUGCGUCAAAUUCAUUGCCGGCGGCCACGGAACAUUUUCGAACUUGGUGAAUAAUAUGGUCCACGUGAUCAUGUACUUUUACUACAUGAUGUCCGCGAUGGGACCUCAAUAUCAAAAGUACCUCUGGUGGAAGAAGCAUUUGACCACCAUCCAAUUGCUCCAGUUCACGCUAGUGUUUUUCCAUUCAGCCCAAGUGCUGUUCUUCGACUGCGGAUAUCCAAAACUAGUGGCCGCCCUUCUAUUGGUCCACUCAACCAUUUUCUUCGCUCUAUUUUUCGACUUCUAUCAACAGGCGUACAAAAAGAACAAGCUGCUCCAAGCCAAAUCGCAGUAA